UAAAAUAUUGUGAUUUCAAAAUUUCAAGACGUUUCAUGGAGUUUUUUGAAGAUUCUACAUCUUAUUUACACCACUUCUCAAAAGUAUUGCUGAACAGUAAUUCUGACGUUUCUCCUUCGCUGCUAUCAAUAUACAGAUUCCAUGACUGCUCGGUACACUCGGUACAACGUAAAGGUUUAGAUUGAUAUUUUAGCGCCAUGCUCAUCCGUCCAUGGAUAAAAGGAGUGUUUGCUUAGGAAAUUAUAUUGCGUCACUUUUAUAACAUGAAAUAGUAAAAGACUCUCUUGGAUCAAAAGUUGGUUUUUUAAAUUAAGAUAAAUAACGAUAUAUUGUUACUCCAAAAGAGUUUGUUAUUCUCUUAAACAUUCAACACCAUCUUCUUAUUUAUCCACUGUAUGUAAGUGUUACAAUAUGUCUGUUAUACUGGACGGAAAUAUUUAAUGUGAUGCUCUUAUCUUUCACUUUAGUUGACAAUUAACAGUCACUGUGAGUAAUCUCCCAUUUACACAUAAUCUAUUUCAGUACACAAAUCAUUUCAUUAUAUAUAAAUUUACAGUACUCUUCUCAGAUCGAGGGUAUUUCAGAUAAGUAUAUUGUUGUUAAAAAGGGCUAAAGUCCAUAUUUAUGCAGUAAGAUAAAAGAAAAGUAUUCGUGCAGUAGGCCAUGAUGAUAUAUAAUUAGUUGGAUUUACUGAUAAUGUUUUACUCAGAUUAGUUUAAAGAAGUGAGCAUUACUUGCACAUGGAGGUCAACUUAGGGCUUGGACCUUUUGGCUUGAAUUUAGAGAUGGUACACUGUUUUCAACAUAUAUAAGAGUCAACCCUUCUGAGCGCAAGAUAUAAUGGCGGAGCCAUGUGAGCCAGAAAUUAAAUAUUUUGUAAAGACAAAACUUUACAAAAUGUGCAAAUCUCAAUUAGAAGAAAAAAGAGUUGCUAUAAUAAUCGGUGAAGCGUGUUCUGGAAAAACAACAUAUGCCAGAAGAUUGUUCGAGGAAGAAAAAAAUAAAAUGAAAAAUAGAACUUGUCUUGAAGUGACAAAACCUGAAGAAAUAGACUUCGUAAGAGGAACACAGGCUGUCUUGUUUUUUGAUAACAUAUUUGGGCAAUAUGUAGAAAAUAUAGAGUUGACAUUAGCUUGGAGUAACAGGAUGAAGAAUCUGGCAGAUAUGGUUAGAAGAGUAACAUUAAUACUAACAUCAAGAAGUGAUAUAUAUCAUAAAUGCAAAAACAGAAAAGGAUUUGGUUUUUUAGACGAAUUUGUGGUCGAAAUAUCUUGCAAAGAAUUAAAUUCAGUCGAAGAAGCAAACAUUGCCAGUUCCAUGGGGCUCACAUCGUUUGUGAAAACACAACUAAGUGAUCUAAAUCUAUUACAACAAUGUGAAGUUUGGGGAGCAGGGGUCACUUUGCUUCAAAAAGAAGGCAUUACUAAUGUCUCUACAGCUUCUGUGAAUGAAUACUUUGAGAGCUUGAAGAAAACCAGCAAACUUCGAUAUUGCUCCCUUCUUCUUUCUCUAGUGCACAACAACAAACUUAGAGAAAAUGAUUUGGAAAAGGAAUCUACGGUUGAAAUUUUAAAGACGAUUGGACAAGAUGUUGGUAAAAAAUCAGUCAACAAAACAAAGGCGACGCUGCAAGAUCUUUCACAUUCACUUUUGAAAAUCAGGGAUUGUGAAUAUUCGUUUGCCAACUCUACUUUAUUCCAUCUUGCAAGCAGAUUCUUUGUAAAACAGCAUCCAGAUGUAUUUGUGAGAUUUUCUUCCACAGAGUGUCUGGAAACGUUAUCUCCCUUAUUUGAUACGGUAAACGAAAUCCAUAUACAAACUCUUAGCGAAACUUUAGCUGGAGAAUACGUUAAAAUGAUACAGACAAAAUCGUUUAAUGUUUUGAAAAAUGAAAGAACUUUGCGUGAAUUUCUCUUCGUGAUGACAAGAGACAAAAAACUGGACUUGUUUUUGAAAUGUGACUUUUUCUGGUACGUUUGUUGGAGUGACAGUCUUCUGUUAUUAGAAAUGUUGCUUCGAAAAAUGUCUGGAAGAAAGGAAAUAAUUAGAAAUUGUCUAGAUUGCUGUUCUGAUCAUAUCAAAUCAGUUUUGCAAAGAUUCUUAGAAAGAGAAGAUCAUCCAGAGGAAAUACUUAGUCCCACCAAUUUCAUGCAACCUCCUUAUGAACUAGCCUUCCGAAAAGUGAGCUGCAGAGGGGAGGACUUUCCACGUUUUCACUAUCACUGCGAACUGAUUUUAGAACUAGAAGAAAGUCUCAUGCAUUUGAUUUCACAAAACAGUCAAUUACAAUGCAUUGAUUUUGUUCCUUGGAGUCAGACCAAAGCUACUCCGGUUAUUUAUGUAGUUGGGAAAAAUCUAACGCAAACAAAACUGUCUUUCAUAUCCAAAGAGGAACGCAAGCAGGAAAAUAUGAGACGUCAAAAAGAUGUCAACAAGAAACAUGAAAUGAGGAAACCCCAGUAUAAAUUUGUAGAUUUCAAAGAAAGAAUCCCAUCGUGUUUUGUCUUCUUUUGCGAUGAACAAGACACUGUAGGAACUGUCUCUGAGUCGCUUAAAAUGGUAACAGACGAAUUUUCUGAGUCGGAAUUUGCUCCUAUUGGUCCAUUUGUCGUAAUUGUUCUUACACCAGAAGGGGAGAUCUGGACAGUCGAAGCCCUUCAGACAUAUUGUCGGGCAAACGCCCAUAUAAUCACCGCCACAGAUAUCCAAACCUUACGGAAACAUGUCACAUCUACACUGGAGAUUAUGUUGAUUGAAUAUUUAAGACUAGUCCAAAAAUCACUUUCUUCCUUCCCGUCGUCAGAGAUUGAUGACAUAAGCAUCAUUCAAACUGAAACAGAGGCAAUUCUAAAUCGACUACACAAAGCAUCUUCUUUACCUACAUCCAUUACCAAAUUAAAAACAUCAGUUGUAUCGAUGUCAAUCACAGAAGAAUGCCAGAAAAUUCUUGACAGGAAUCCAGACAAAGUAUUUGCAUAUGGCUUCCGACCAGGAACGUUUUACGUGCAAGUUAGUGGCCAUCUUACCGAAGAACAGUUUCAGCUAUUUCGGAAAGAGUUGCUUCACGCAAAGAAAAUUUCAAAUUUUUCAUGGGAAAUGACAGUUGAAAAGAUUGACAGUUUUAAGAUAAACAGAUAUCUAUGUCAGGGUAAUGAGAUAUAUCCUGAUAAGGGCAAUAUUGAAAGGUAUGGUACUCUGGGUGGAUUCGCAGAGUUCAGUGAUGACUCUAAACGUACAGUUGCUCUAACGUGCUCACAUGUUUUGCAAGACAAGAAAACGGUACAUGUCAAGGACGGUAGUGAACUCAUUUGUAUCGGGAAAUGUUGUUUGAUGUAUGAAUAUUUUUCUGAUUCAGCGGACUUUGCAUUAAUAGAGGUUAAUGACGAUGUGAUUGGAAAAUGCCAAAAACUUCUUGUAAAUCAUAAAAAGAUACCAACAAGUGCUCGAAUAUACAUGAUGAGAUCUUCUGACACAGUCCCUUCUAUAGUUUACAAAAAAGGAGCUAAGACCGAUAUCACCAAAGGUGUCUUAGUAGAGACAAAAAAGUACCGUGAUACUCUAGGCGAAGAAAAAAUGAACUGUGCAUACUUAGUUCAGGGUCAAUAUCAAAAGGGUGUGAUAAUUCCAUUUGGUGAUAAGGGAGACAGUGGGUCGCUAGUAUUUCAGAAUGACUUUGAUGUAGACCAGAACAUCAUUGAAGUUAUCGCUAUACUUAUUGGUGACUUUGAGGUCAGGGCAGAUGAUUCAAACGCUGAAGCGUCAAACUCUCCUAACAAGCCAAAGCCUGGUUUGAAGUUGUGCACGAGUCUGGAAUUCGUCUGUGAUAAAUUAAAGAAGAGCAAACGGCAACUACGGUUUUUUGACAAAGCAGAAGUUAACUGUGGGAUUGAAGAAAGAGACAGGCAAGAAACCUAAAUUGAGAUCAGGUUGUUUAUAUCUCUUCUUGAUGAUGAAGCAUCUAUUUUGUAUUUUGAACGCAAAUUUUAUAACUAUAUAAUAUAUGGCCAAUACUGUCUCAAAUCAUUUAUAACGCUCAACAUUCAUGCAUAUAAAUAUUUGAAUAAUUGUAUUUUGUGCAAAUCAAUUUGAAUACUCACUUUCAUAUUAUUCCCGGUGAGUCACAAAGUUGGUGCAAAACUAAUUGAAUUUGUAUUAAUGAAGAUUGUUACUUGAA